AUGGGUAAGAAGCGCAAGGACGCGCCGCUCGUGCCGCCGCCGAUCGCGUCGCGGCGCGUGGCGCGCCGCGUGACGAGCGAGUUCCACCGGCUCGCGCAGGACGCGGCGCGGGCGCCCACGGCGGCGGCGCGCGCGGCCGCGGAGCGGGUCUUGGAGGCCCGGCGCGGCCGCUACCAGGAGGCGUCCGCGCUCAGCACCGCGCUCCACUCCACUUCGCGCUGGGUGCUCCGGGUCCUGCGGCGGCGCGGCGUCCUCGGCGCCGCCGCCAACGCGCGGCCGCCGGCGCUGCUCGAGGUCGGCGCCGUCAACACGCAGCUGCUGGAGGCGCGCGGGCUGGCCGUACGGGCGAUCGACGUCCGGAGCAGCAUGCAACGCAUCGAGCGCGUCGACUUCUUCGACCUGCGACCGCAGGGUUCCUACCUGCGCGGAAAUCAACCAGUGAGUUAUGUUACGACGCGGCCACGGGGACAACGUCGCGUCGAUGGCGUGGAAUCGCCACGCCAUCGCACAGGCGCAGCUACGGAAGCACGUCGCGUCGAUGGCGUGGGGCGCCUAAAUUCUGAUUUCCACACAGGUUCCUACGACGUCGUCGUCUGCGCGCUCGUGCUGAAUUGCCUGCCGGACGCCGCCGCGCGGGGCCGCAUGGUCGCGGGCUUGGUGGCGCACCUGAGGCCGGGGGGCCUGUGCUUUCUCGUCGUGCCGCGGUCGUGCCUCGAGAGGUCUGCGGCCACGACGCCGGCGCGCUUCGACGCCGUCCUGCGGCGCGCGGGCCUCGUGGAGCUCGAGCGGCGCGCGACGCCGCGGCUCCUGCACCUCUGCCUCGCCGCCGGCGGGGCCGACGCGGCGCCGGCGCCGGCGCCCGAGCACCGGCUGCGGCCGCGGCGGAAGAAGGCGAACGAAUUUGAUGUGGUGUUGCCGGCGGCGGCGUAA